CAGCCAUAGAGUCUCACUAAAGUUAGACCUGGUGAUUGCCAGACAAAAGAGAAGUACGAGCUGCGAAGUCCUCUCAUCAUGGAGAAAUUUACAGCUGCUAUGCUCCUGGCUGCGGUGGGUGAUUCGUUGGGAUAUAGAAACUUUAGCUCGGAAAUUUGCUGUUCAGGUGUAAAGAUUCUUGAGGAGGUGAAAGAACUAGGAAGUUUAGAAAAGUUGGUGCUAUCAGCCGAAAAAUGGCCAGUCAGUCACAACACGCUAAUGCAUAUGGCUACUGCAGAAGCUCUUGUCACAGAUUUCUGGUGCUUGGAAGAUCUGUACCGGGAAAUGGUGAAGCAGUAUGUUGAUGCUGUUGACAAGCUACAAGGGAGGAGGCCAGACCCAGCAACCAUCGAAGGCUGUUCUCACCUUAAGCCAGAUAACUAUUUGCUUGCAUGGCAUACUCCAUUUAAUGAAAAAGGUUCUGGAUUUGGAUCUGCCACAAAAGCGAUGUCCAUUGGUAUGAGAUACUGGAAACCUGAGAGGCUUGAAACGUUGAUUGAAGUCAGCAUUGAAUGUGGGAGGAUGACUCACAACCACCCAACAGGAUUUCUGGGUUCGCUCUGCAGUGCUUUGUUUGCUUCUUAUGCAAUACAAGGAAAGCCUUUGGCUCAAUGGGGAAGAGAUAUGCUUAAGGUCAUUCCAAUGGCUGAAGAAUACUGUAAGAAAACCAUUCGUCAUAUGGCAGAAUACCAAGAGCAUUGGUUCUACUUUGAAGCUAAAUGGCAAUUUUAUCUGGAAGAAAGAGAACUAGAAGAAGAAAAUAUGAACAAGCCCAAUUUUCCUGAUAAGUAUGAUGCUGAUGAGAGAGACAAGACAUAUAAGAAAUGGAGUUCAGAGGGCCGUGGAGGAAGAAGAGGACAUGAUGCACCAAUGAUUGCAUAUGAUGCUCUAUUAGGAGCUGGUGGGGAUUGGAAAGAGCUCUGCAGUCGAGCCAUGUUCCAUGGAGGAGAAAGUGCUGCUACCGGAUCUAUUGCUGGGUGUCUGUUUGGGUUGCUGUAUGGUAUAAACAAUGUACCAAAGGGUCUAUACCAGGAACUUGAACUAAAAGAAAGGCUCAUGUAUUUGGGCGAGAAGCUCCAUCAAGUCUCUUCAAAGGAAAACAUCAUAAAAACCCAUGGUGGUAGGAUAUCAGUAGAUCUGAUCCUUCUGAAGAAAAAGGCCAAUAAAAUUGGGAACCCAGGUGAACAGGCUGUUCUCAGUAGUCUACUGGAGUACAUCAGUAAUUUGAAUGAUUCUGAUGACACAACAUUAACGAAAAAUGAAAAGACUCCUAAGCUUCAGAGAGACAAACCACAACACAAUAAGCAGGAACACAAUAACGGCAAAAAUGUCUUAAGACCUUCCAGAUUUCAGCUCUUACAGUCCAAGUUUUUAAAUCCAAACCAUGAACCUCCAAAGAAGAGGCCAAAGGAAGUAGGCAAAUUAACUUUUAAGGAAAAUCGUUGUACAAGUAGAAUUUCCAAAGGCAAUACUGUAAAAAAAUUAGACCCAUCGAGAUUAAAACUAAUUAAGGAUGAAAAAGCAAGGAAUGACCUACACUUUCAUAAUGAAAGAAAUCAGUGGAAUAAAAGCAAUGGGAAAGGCAGAGUAAUAGCCAUUUUGACAAAAUUUACUGUUGCGGAAGAAAAAGAAAGUAAAAUAAAGUCAGCAAAUAUAAAAAAUAAUGUGCCCAAAAUACUCAACAAAAGCACAAUUAUUUCUGCCCUAAAAGAGAAAUUUGAACAAAACUGUACAAUCCACUCUGUAAAAGGAGCAGAGUCUUCACUGCCUCCUAAGGAACGUAUUGUGAAAGACUCUUCAAGUGCUAAAUGUAUUAGAGAAGCAGAGGCUCUGGUAUUACAUAUCACCACAAUGACUACAACGUGUAUUGAACGUCCAAAACCAGAAUGUGCAGCUCUAAAGGAACAGAUUAUUCCAUCCAUCCAGGCUAAGAGCAUAACUAUGAAAGUAUAUGGUCCAAAGACAUUAAUCCUAAAUUCCAGGAAUAUGGAUUCACAGAAACACACAUGUAGAAAUGAUAAAAAGGAUUAUGAUGUAAUAUGUGAAGAGAGGCAAUGCACUAAACCCACUACAAUAAUGAAAAAUAUAAGUGUGAAUCAAGAUAGCAUUAGUGCUACACAGAAGGACAAUAAAGAAAAUUUAACAGAUGAAAACGAACAGAAAAGCAACUAUUCAGAAAAAAGACAAACAAAUGGAUGGAUUAGAGAAGAUGGAAUAGAAAGCUUAUAUACUAAUGAUGAAAUACAAAUGGAAAACGUGUCUGGCACAAAGUCAGCCAUUAGCAAUUGUUUAGAUGCAAUAAAAGUUCUUAGUAAUGUAGAAAUGGAACCGGUAGCUGAUGUUCAGUUGUGGGACAAAAGCGGACCAUCCUCAAAAAACUUGGAUCUAGGUAAACAAGACUGUAUGGACAGUCUGCACAACAACCAGCCGAAUGAUAGAAGUAAUGAUGUUAUACGUUUAAGCACAAUAACAAAUGAGCAGAACAACAGCCAGAAGGUGGAAACUAGCAAUAAUGUUAUAGAUCACAUUUUAAAUGAAGGUAUACCUAAUAACAAUACUAAAAAUAUUGAACUUAAUGAUGUCCAGAUCUAUAGGUCUAACAAAGUUGUUUUAAAUGAGAAUAAAAGUAAACAGCAGAAUGACUACAUUGAUAAAGAGCACAACGUUUCAAAUAAUAGUAAUGACGUAUGCACUGUGAAGUCGGAAGAUACUGAACUAAAGAACAUCUGUAUGAUGGAAAAGAAAAAUGAGCUAAUAAAGUUUGAUCUUGGUGGCCAGAUAGGUGAAGGACACAAAUUAUUUAACUUUGCCAUCCAUAAAGAAGAAAUUGCUCUGAAUGACUGCAUUGAUAAAGAGCACAAAGUUUCAAAUAAUAGUAAUAACAUAUGCACUAUGAAGUCGGAAGAUACUGAACUAAAGAACAUCUGUAUGAUGGAAAAGAAAAAUGAGCUAAUAAAGGUUGAUCUUGGUGGCCAGAUAGUCGAAGGACACACAUUACUUAACUUUGCCAUCCAUAAAGAAGAAGUUGCUCUGGAUUCCCCAUAUAUUUGUUUACGUCAAACUGGUCUCAUGAGCAGAGAAGAAGCCAUAAACAGUCCUCUGUGUCCUGCAAUGAAAAACCUCAUAAGCAGUAACAAGGCACCCAAUCAACAAAAAAACAAAUACGGCAAUCUUUGUCAGAUGUAUGUACCAGAUCAGACCCCAGAACUGAUUCCUUCAGUUCUUACAGAGACAGCAACUUGCAGCACAGAACCAAUUGUUCUAUGUCACAUGGCUUUGGCUACAACUGUAGAUGUUCAUCAAAACAAUUUGAAUGUUAAAGAAGCAAAGAAUACUACAAAGAAACUAUCAAGAUAUGAUAAAACACCAAUAAAACAUUGUAUAGAAAGAGACAAAGACAACUUGAAAGCUAAAUCACAUACAGAUACAGGGGGUCUACAGGAAACAAGGGCCAAUAAAGUGUCUUUGGGUUAUCUAAAUGAAAAACAAUGUGCAGCAGAUGGAAAAGAAUACUCCAUAACUCAAUUAGGAAGAGACCUCUCCAGCACACAGGAUACUAUGACAUGUGCUUCAAAGGAGAAAAAUAAUGACAUAUUGGAGGUUCCACAUCAUUUCACAGAAGGGGGCAGUUUAGAGGACAUGUUACAUGUGAUGAAGCAUGAUAAUACACAAAUGGAAAAUAUUAGUGACCCAUUAUCUGCAACCUGUGAAAACACCGAAUUAAAGGACGUGAAAGAUUUCUUGUGUCAGGAAGAGAUGAGGCUAGAUCCAAUAUCUUCCACUGAGUCAAUGAUUGAUUCAAAAGCGGGCAACUAUAAGAUUGACAAAAGAGUAACACCUAAAUAUCAAAUAACAUCAAUGAAGGAUCUUUCUAGUGAUCAUAACCUCAUGUCAAAUACAACCAACAAAAUAACAUCUAAAUAUGAAAUAUCAUCGAUAAAGGACCUUUCUAGUGAACAUAACCUCAUGUCAGAUACAACCAACAAAAAAGUAACAUCUAAAUAUGAAAAAUCAUCGAUAAAGGACUUUCCUAGUGGACAUAACCUCAUGUCAGCUACAAUAGACAAAAAGGUAGCAUUUAAAUAUCAAAUACCAUCAACAAUAGACUUUUCUAGUGAACAUAACCUCAUGUCAAAUACAACCAACAAAAAAGUUACACCUAAAUAUGAAAUAUCAUCGAUAAAGGACCUUUCUAGUGGUCAUAACCUCAUGUCAGAUACAACCAACAAAAAAGUAACAUCUAAAUAUGAAAAAUCAUCGAUAAAGGACCUUCCUAGUGGACAUAACCUCAUGUCAGAUGCAAUAGACAAAAGAGUAACAUCAAAAUAUCAAAUACCAUCAACAAGGGACUUUUCUAGUGAACAUAACCUCAUGUCAAAUACAACAAACAAAAAAGUAACAUCUAAAUAUCAAAAACCAUCAACAAAGGACCUUUCUUGUGAGCAUAACCGUAUGUCAAAUACAACAAACAUUAACAUCAAUGACAUGUCCAAAUAUAAAGUGCAAAGUUAUAAAGACACAGAAAUCUCAAAGCAAUCAUUUAAGCCUUUGAUUGUAACAGUUUUUGACACUUUUAAACAUCACACCUGAGUUCUUUUACUUGUCCAAGUACAAUACAAUUGAUUUCUUUAUGUUGCAUAUUUUGAUUUCUUCUACAACUGUCAACACAUAAUCCUUUUUAGGUCAUAUAGUUAUUGUCUCCUGAACACGAGAACUUUGCCUCUAAAAGGCACAAGCAGAAUAUGAUAUCAAACAGUUGGGUUGCUAAUUGAUAUAUAUCCAUAUGCUUGCUGAAGUGGUUAACAUUCUAAAAAAAAUACGAGUACAAACCCCCAUCAUCAUAAUAACCACUAUUACCAUCAUCAUCAUCAUCAUGAAAGUGACACUCAUCAUAUCAGUCUUUAUGCCAUCAAAUUUGAAUAAAUAUUUUUUGUUUGCAGAUUGUUCAUAAACCCAUUCAGAAAAUAUUGAUCUGAAUUAAAAGGUUCAUCAAAGGUCCUUUAUUACAAGAUUUGCUCUUUUGGAGAUUUUCUGGCUACAAAAGUGGGGAUAACUGCAAGAGCUUCCUCUAUGACCUCCACAAGCACACAUAUAUAGGAUAUAGUUUUUUGGGGACAACUACUUUAAUUACAUUCAAAGCUAUGGACACCUUCAGGGCAAUUUUUUUCUAUGAUUGCAUUUUAUUCAGUUUGAGCUAAAAAUAAUUAUUCAAUAGGUCUUCAUUAAACAUUUGCAGCAACUUUUGUGAUACAUGAUGUUAACAAUCAGUCUACUUGCAGACUAACCCUCUUGAGUUCCAUCAGCUAACGACUCAUGUGAAGCUUUAUCUCUGAUCUCCUGACCUGAUAAACUGGCAUUAUACAGUCAAGUUUACAGUCAAAUAAACUCUUUAUCUAAUUGAAAAGAAUAUGGCUUAAAGUAGUUGUCCAGGUUCAGAGCUGAACUCGGACAUAACCCCUACUUCCCCCAUUCAGCCCUUCUGAGUUGAGCAUUUAUACUCCGAUGCUCCCCCUUGCCCUGUGCUGCAUCACACAGGGCGAGGGCUGUUUGUUUACCUUAUUACACUACUAGGCAGAGGUUUCAGCCUAGCAGUGAUCCCGGU